AUGAAGAUCACAACGAUAAACACUGCUAUUGGAUCGGCAGUCCUCCUUCUAGAUGCCCAAUUAUGCGCUGCUACUGCUCAACAUCGACAUCAUCAUCUUCACCUGGAGAAGAAGCACAGCCAUGGCCACCAUGAAGUCCAUCUCGAAACCUCUUACAACCCGAAGUAUAGCGAGCGAAAUAGUUCGGCACUUGUGUCGCGAGAUGGCAAGAGGAAAUGCAAGUUCCCAGAUGAUGAGGGAUUGUUUGCUGUUACCCCAUCUGCCCUAAAUGGUGGUUGGGCGUUAGCCCCUGAUCAAGAAUGCGUUUCGGGUACGUGGUGUCCUAUCGCUUGUCCAUCCGGACAGGUAAUGGCGCAGUGGAAGCCAGGUACAACAUACACGUUCCCACAAUCAACCUACGGAGGUGUCUAUUGUAACGAAGAUGGAGAGAUCGAGGUUCCCUUCAAAAACAAACCGUGGUGCGUUGACGGCACCGGUGCCGUGGAGGCUGUUAAUAAAGCCGGGAAGGUGGUAUCUUUCUGUCAGACUUGUCUCCCAGGCUACGAAGAUAUGAUCAUCCCAACCGAUGUUUUUGAUACUGCUAUUUUGGCUGUACCGGAUAUGUCUUAUUGGGAUGCUACGGCAGCUCAUUUCUAUAUAAAUGCCCCCGGAAUUGGCUCAGAGGAGGGAUGCCACUGGGGAGAUCAGUCGAAGCCGAUUGGUAAUUGGUCUCCCUAUGUCGCUGGUGCUAAUACGGUCGCGGAUGGUUCGACCUAUGUCAAACUAGGAAUAAACCCGGUGUGGCAGAGUUCUUCGCUUUUCAACACCAAACCAACUUUUGGUCUUAGAGUCGAAUGUCCAGAAGGAGGUUGCAAUGGUUCUAAAUGCGAGAUCGAUGGAUCUGGUGUGAAAAGUGACAACAAAGCAACCGGUGCUGGUGGCUCCGAUUUCUGCGUCGUCACCGUUCCCAGCGGCACCAAGGCCAACAUCGUCGUCUUUAACUUGGACGGCUCUGAAGGAGAUGCUGGAGCGUCGAGUUCUUCCCAGCCUGUAUCUUCUUCCACUCCUACAUCUACUCCAACCCCUAGCACAUCUAGCACUUCGAGUUCAACGCCAUCGAGCACGACAUCUACGCCCUCCACGACCACCGUAUCAACCUCGUCCAAAACGUCUGUGACCGCGUCAUCAACCAGUAGCACCAUAGCGUCUAGCACUCACUCGCCGUCCAGCCACUCGAGUAGCCCUAGUGCGUCACUCUACCUGGGAGGAGUUUUCCAGGAGAACGGAACCUCUAGUACAAGCUUUUCAUGGGCCGGGCCUUCCUCGACUCCUACCCCCGUUCCCGUUUCGACUAGCGGUGAAGAACCCGCUUCAACGACAUCGAAUACAAACGAAGGCGCUGCUCAACGUCAGGGUGGUGCUGCGAUUGCGGGCCUUAUUGUCGCAUUUGUGGCUGCUAGUUACUUGCUCUGA